AAUGGAGGAGGAGGAGGAGGAGGAGGAGGGAAACCGAGCCUGCCUGCCUAUCUCCCGUUUGGCUUCUCCCUCCCUGAGCUUCCUUCCAGAGGCUAUAGAGACGCUGGCAACCGGCUGAAGGAGGAGAGAACGAGAGGAAGAGAUCCAGAUGACCAGACUGGGCCACAGCAGCGCCUGGCAAGGGACGGCUAGCAGCUUUAUAAACAAGCCCCUUGGUCUCCCUACAAGCAUCCUCCUGUUAAGAAGGAAGGCAAGCCCUGCUGCAAGAGAGGGCAAGAGGUGGGAGGGGAGUGUCUGGAAGGCUCCCUUGGCGCCUCCCUCCUUGCCGGGGCGGGGCUAUGCCGAGCCGGGACAGCCUCCCUGGCUGCUGGAGGAGGCGAGGCAGAGCCAAAGCCGGGCACCGGGAAGAAGAGAAGGAAGCCAGCCCCCCGCAGGCAGCAUGAGCCGAGUCCUCCGCGUCGCCAUUCCGGGCCCGGGCCCCUGGGGCUUCCGCCUGGUCGGGGGCAAAGACUUCGACCAGCCGCUCACCAUCUCCAGGGUAACCCCUGGUAGCAAAGCUGCAACUGCCAAUUUAUGCAUCGGAGAUACUAUCCAGGCAAUUGAUGGUGAAGACACAGAGAACAUGACUCACCUAGAAGCACAGAACAAAAUCAAGGCCUGCAUAGAUGAGUUAACUCUGACAGUUCACAGGAGUGAAUCAAAAAUCUGGUCACCACUGGUUACUGAGGAAGGGAAAACAAAUCCAUACAAGAUGGAUCUGUCUUCUGAACCCCAGGAGGUAAGCAAUAUAGGAAGUGCACACAACAGGAGUGCUAUGCCAUUUGGUGCCACCAGUACUUCCUCUAAAGUCAUCACUGCCCAGUACAAUAGUCCAGUAAAUCUGUACUCAGAAAACCUGCAAACCUUCAACAACGCUGGCGAGUCCAAAUCUGUGGGUGACCUAAAAUCAUCUACAAACUCGGACCAACCCAACCAGCCCUCUACUAACUUAAGGAUUGAAAAAGACUCUGAAGUUUAUAAGAUGCUACAGGAGAACCAAGACUCCAGUGAGCCGCCCCGGCAAUCAGCCUCAUUCUUGGUGCUGCAAGACAUUUUAGAAUCUGAAGAAAGGGGAGACAAGCCUUCUGGAUUUAGAAGUGUAAAAGCUCCGACAACUAAAAUAGCAUCGUCAAUUGGAAAUGCGCAGAAACUGCCCAUUUGUGAUAAAUGUGGGUCUGGCAUUGUGUAA